CCAUUUUAAUAGCAGUGUGACAGGUUUAACAGAACAUGUACUGUACUUAGCUCACAAGCCGAUGUAAAACCAUUAGAGGAGAACAAGAGACUUUGCCAUGGUCAAACCAUCUAUGAAGAAAUCAGAUCCAAGAGUCGGCAGGUUAAGACAAUACGCGUUGCUGCUGGCGUGUUUUUGUACAUCAUCCUGUCUGGCUCUAUGGAAACUGAAUAUUGGGAUCCAAAUGAGACAAUUACUGCCCCCAGGACCUAAACCAGCUCCUCAAAGUGAUAAUUAUUACUCAGUAUCCACGACUAACAUGGGAAUCAGUGAUGAGGAGUGGGAAAGACUACAGAAGGCUCUUAACUGGCCCGGUCCAGAUCAACUAAUCACUCAGCUGAAUCUGACCACAAGUCCAGUCCACUCGACAUUCUCUGUUGUGGAACCCAAAAACAGUUACAAAGUAGGAGAAAACAUCUCCGUUAUUAUCACAGCCAGAGACCACAACAAGAACCUGAAAACAUACGGAGGAGAUUUUUUCAAAGCAAAGCUUUUCAAUUCGGAGCUAAAGGCGAGUGUGUACGGGGAGGUUGUGGAUCAUCGUAAUGGGACUUACUCUGUUGUUCUUCUUCUUCCCUGGGAAGGUCAGGCAGAAGUUUCUGUGCGUCUCGAGCACUCCAGUGAAGUUGUGCAGAUUCUUAAAAAAUACAGGGAUUCUUCGAUCACACGCAGCCACUAUAAUGGCCACUUUGAAGGGCCAGGACCCAAUAAAAUCAGGAUCAGGGAAGUAGUAGAAUGUAAUCUUAAGUGGGGUGGAGAAGGAAGUUGGAGGAAACGUAACUGCUGCUGUGAGUAUAAGGAUAUUAAAACAGGCACGGUGUGGCAGUGUGAGAGACCCAUAAAACUUUCCUGUGACAAACUGGUUCAUCACUCCAUGGGACGUUUAGAAAGCCCUUUAAACGCUUUUCAGAAUCAACUUUUUACAAAGAAAUUAACCAAUAUUGCUGUUACUGGAGACAAAAUUAACAUAAAUGUCCUUGGCAACACUGCAGGCAAAGGCACAACGGAGAGAUGCAGAUCUGGCUUGACAACACCAGUUCCUGCGGGAUUCUAUUUCAAAGAUGUUUGGAAGUCUUUUGUAUGCAACACUCAACAGUUAAAUUCUGCCCAAAUGAGAAACUGCCUUAAAAACAAGAUUAUCUACCUCUUUGGAGACUCCACCACAAGGCAGUGGUUUGAGUAUUUAGAAAGAAGUGUGCCAGACUUAAAAAGAAUGGACCUCCACACUCCUCGUACAGGUGGACCCCUGAUGGCCGUGGAGCUGAAAAAUAAUAUCAUCGUUCACUGGAGGCCACAUGGUGUUCCUUUAAGGUUUACUAAAAUGCUCAUUACGGACCUGCAUUAUAUCAGCAAUGAUAUUGAUGAAAUAGCCGGUGGUCCUCAUGCAGUUGUUGUAUUCACGAUCUUUGCCCACCUGGUGUUUCACCCAAUAACAUUUUAUAUUCAUCAACUGGCUAAAAUCCGUGAGUCUGUUGUAGCGCUGCUAAGUCGUGCGCCACAGACCACCGUCAUCAUCAAGUCUGGAAACACUGCAGGACGAAAGGAUAUUUUCCAAAGCGACUGGUACGCCAGGCAGCUGAACACGAUGAUGAGAGAGAUGUUCAGAGAUAUUAAUGGAGUAAUCUACUUGGACGUAUGGCAGAUGACUUCCUGUCACUAUCUAAAUGAAAAUGUUCACCCGGGACCUGUUAUUGUUGCCAAUGAGGUCAAAAUGUUUCUGUCAUAUGUUUGUCCCAUCUGAUUCUUUAUUUACAACCAGCCCAAAGAAUAAUAUUUAUUUUGCUCAGUCAUCAUCAGUUAAACAGAACAGACUUGAAGGAACUGCUCACAAACACCCUUGUGAACAAUUCAUAAUGUAAGAAAAGCGCAAACCUGAAGUAUUUUAAAAUUAAGUGAUCAUGUUAUGACAGUUUUGUCUGUCCACGUUUAUUUAUGGAGUUGUACAGAAAAUACAGUUUAAACUCGUCAUAUUGACAGUGUUACAGUUUUUAAUAUUGCAGGACAAAUAUUAAGCAGUUUUAAUUGCUGCUGAUACUGUGUUUAAUUUUACAACGAUAGUAGAUAGGUAUAGCUAGCAUAACUUCAAUAUACUGACAAGACUAGGACUAUAAGUUGUUAACGUCCUGACAUAUUCUGUUUGGACAGGCAUAAAUGAUAUGAAUUAACCUUACCACAAUUAAAGUGGUGUCUGGUUUAGUGCAAAAUUUAGUUAACAUAAAAUACAUGUUCCAGAAGAUAAAGUGGUGACGUACGAAAGGCUAGUGCCAUUUACCUAGCUGGCAUGCCCUCUAUUAAACCAUGUUUAAUGAUCUGGAUUUGGUGGAGUACCUGGUUAGUGUUUCCU